UGUGACCUUAGGCACGGCGUUCGAUGCGUCGGGGUGAAGCCAAGUCUAAAGAAAAAACAGAAAAAAAGGGAAAAGUGUCUGUGAAAUCGCUAAAAUGUUAACAAAAUAAUAGCGCGGAUGGUAAAUAGAGGCAAUGUGCUGCAGGAAUAGCUAGAGAUACAAAAGAUAACCGACCGAGAGGUAUGCACUCCGCCCUGCAUACCUGCAUAUAAAAAACCUGCUGCCGCGGCCGUAAUUACAGUUAGACACUAAAAUAGCUGCACGGUCAGGUUGUUGAUAGGGGGGCUGCAAGCUAGCGAAGAGGGGGAACGGGAGCGGGGACUGCCCACGCACGCAAUGGAAAACGAAUCCGUGAAGUCGGAACAUAGUGGACGCUCCAGACGCUCGCGGAACCAUAAUAACAACGGCGGGGGAGGAGGUGGCGGAGGAGGCAGCGUGAACAACGGCUACCACAGGGAGCGGGAGCGGGAUAGGUCUCGCCAUUCCCACCGCAGUACGCACUCUUCAAAGUCGGGAAAAUCGGGAUUUCAGCGCGGGGACAUGGCUCCCUACCAAACCAGCGUUAAUAUGACAGGUGAUGAGAGUCGCGACGGCCAGGAGGUGAUUGAGGUGCAGAUCCUUCCGCAGGAUGAGAACUGGGGCGAGAACACCACCGCAGUGACAGGAAACACCUCGGAGCAGAGCAUCUCCAUGGAGGACAUCAACAACAUGUGGCACCGCGAGAACGAGAAGGGAUUCGGCUUUGCUUGUCGUCGCUACAUGGAGUCUGGCUUUUGCUUCCUGCUCGGUUGCGCUGCGUUCUUCUCGCCGGUGGCCAUGGUGGUGAUGCCGCACGCCGGAUUCUUCCCUUCCGCCUUCGACGAUCCAGAUCUCACGCAGACGGUACGCACCAAGCUACUAGCCUGCAGUGAACAGUGCAAGGGUCAGCUGGUUUCACUGGCCGCCAGGUUGUUGCUCCUAGCGAUUGGUCUGUGGGCUGUUUUCAUGCGCCGCACCUCGGCCAGCAUGCCGAGAAUUUUCCUGUACCGCGCUCUGGUUCUUCUGCUGGUCACUAUUUGCACUUUUGCCUACUGGCUCUUCUACAUCGUGCAGGUCACGAAUGGGGCCAGGAUCGUCGUAGAGACCGGUGGCUACGCCGUUGAUUACAAGUCGCUGGUGAGUUACGCGACUAAUUUCGUAGACACCUUGCUUUUCGUCCACUACGUGGCCGUGGUUCUGUUGGAGCUGCGCCACCAGCAGCCCAGCUACUAUGUUAAAAUCAUCCGCUCCCCGGACGGAGUGUCGCGAUCCUACAUGCUGGGCCAGUUGAGCAUCCAGCGGGCAGCCGUGUGGGUGCUGCAGCACUACUAUGUGGACUUUCCCAUCUUCAACCCGUAUCUCGAACGCAUACCCAUCUCGGUCUCAAAGUCGCAGCGGAACAAGAUAUCGAACAGCUUCAAGUACUACGAGGUGGACGGAGUAAGCAACUCGCAGCAGCAGAGCCAGAGCCGGGCCGUCCUGGCGGCCAACGCUCGUCGUCGUGAUUCCUCGCACAACGAGCGCUUCUACGAGGAGCACGAGUACGAGCGCCGGGUUAAGAAGCGUCGCGCCCGUCUCAUCACCGCCGCAGAGGAGGCCUUCACCCACAUCAAACGCAUCCACAACGAACCCGCUCCGGCCCUGCCCCUCGAUCCCCAGGAAGCCGCAGCCGCUGUGUUUCCCUCCAUGGCCAGGGCUCUGCAGAAGUAUCUGCGAGUGACGCGACAGCAGCCACGACACACCUUCGAGAGCAUCCUGAAACACUUGGCCCAUUGCCUGAAGCACGACCUGUCGCCGCGUGCCUUCCUGGAGCCGUAUCUGACCGAGUCGCCAGUCAUGCAGAGCGAGAAGGAGCGUCGCUGGGUGCAGUCCUGGUCGCUCAUCUGCGACGAUAUUGUGUCCCGACCGAUCAGCAACGAGUGCACCUUCCAGCUCAUCCAAAACGACGUCUCGCUAAUGGUCACCGUGCACAAGCUGCCGCACUUCAACCUGGCCGAGGAGGUGGUGGAUCCCAAGAGUAACAAAUUUGUACUUAAGCUGAACUCUGAAACCUCCGUAUGACACCACCACAACGCCCCGCCCCCGACUAUAACGCCCACUCACAGCAACCAGACGCAGUCCUCGUACCUCCAUGUGUUUGUGUGAGACUCCUAUGUCCUAUUAUCCAUUCUAACUUUUUAUUUCUUUUAUCUCGAAGCUUUGAAACAAUCAAUCGUCUAUUUAGAUUCAGUAUUUCGAUGUCAAUUUUAUAAUCAUUGAUAGAACCGGUGAAUCAAGAGAAGAUUCCUCCACCCUAUGCCCAGGAUAUCAUCUAAAAAUACUCAAAAUUCCAGUAUAUCACAUCCUAGACCGACUCGAACACAUAUCACAUGUCCCCUUUUUAAGAAAACAUGACUUGAAAGUUCCCAAAGUAUUAAUUAUAAGAAUGAGGAGGGUUCAUCAUAUCAACUCUUCAAUGCUGCUCUUUUAUACACACUUUUUAUUUUAGGAAAUAUUUAGUGUAAAGUUGUGCUUAUAACGAGCGAUAUAUCUUAUUUACCGAUUAUCGCAAUAGCCUUAAGAUAUUCCAAAUGGAAUUUUAGAUAAGAUUCGGACUUGCGCCAAGAGUGGAGCGACCACUUCUGGCGCGACUCGCUAGAAUUAAACCGACGCACAUUUUAAGCCGAAACCUAAAGGUCCUGAUCGAACUCCUCUGCCAAGAUGAGAUUAGGACUAGAACUCGAAUGAAACCGUUGACAAAUACAUACUUUAAGCAAAGAGACUGCCUGAACAUAUGCAUUUUAUAAACAAAACACAGAUUGCCAAGAGCCGCCCGCAGGCAUAGCAACUCAUUUAUACAAAAAACAAGUGUAUUUUUAGAAGCGAAAUUUUAGUGAUAAGGACCCGAUUAUAUAUAUACACAUAUACAUACACGUUCCAGUGAAUCCAAUCUAAACGAUAUAUGCUAUAACCUAUUUACAAAACUAAUUAAAUACACCUUCUGCUUGAGGUUUGAUUUUAUUAUCGUUUUCUAGCUAAUGCUUCUUGCCGAAGUACUCCUCCUCUAUUGCCGUUCUGUAGCAAUUAAUUAAAGCAAUUGGGUAGCCAGUCCCUAUAUAUUAAAGCUAAUAUUUAUAUUAACUAACCAACUGUAACUGUUGUAACCUGUACUUGAUCUGUACUUAGUCUAUGGAGGAUGCCCUAAAAUAUAAUAAACUGAAACC